AUUAAAUUAUUUAAGUCCAAUGAAGAAGCAAACCAAUGUUGCUGCCUGCUUCACUGACUCCCUCGUCUGGUUACCUUAGCGGGCGUUCGAUUUCACCAUCAUCACAACUCACAACUCAGUCACGUCGUUGGUUUUUGUCUGAAUAACUUCUAAUUCAACACAAGGAAAGGAAGAGAAGAGGUAUUGAAAUGAGUGAAGCCAAAUUGAGUGAUUUGCCUAAUUGCAUUCUCAUUCACAUUUUGUCAUUUUUGAAUACUAAAGAUGCCGUUCGAACUUGCAUUUUGUCCAAAAGAUGGGAGCAUAUUUGGAAAUAUAUUCCCACCCUUACAUUGCAUUACUCAGAUUUUUCUACUUUGAAGAGUUUUGACAAAUUCGUGUCUAGGGUUUUGUCUCUUCGCGAUGACUCAAUUUUGCCGCACACAAUUGAUUUUGAUCGUAAUUGUGACAUUAAGUCCGGCUUACUUAAAAAGGUUGCAUAUUAUAUUUUAUCCCACAAUGUCAAGCUCCGUCGAUUAAGAAUUGAUGUCAAAGGUGAUAUUCGUGACAUUCUGCCUUGCAUUUGUUCAUGUCAGACUUUAACGUCACUUAAGCUAUCAGUUUCACCUAAAGGUCGUUAUAAUUACGGGAGAACAUUGUUUCCUAAAUCGCUGAAUUUAACAGCGUUGACUUGGUUGCAUCUAGGACAUUUUGCCUUUUGUGCUGGUGACGAUGGCCGAAUUGAGCCCUUUUCAGCCUUUAACAAGUUGAAUAGUUUGAUCAUUGAUAAUUGCACGGUGAAGGAUGCACAAAUCCUGUUCAUAUCAAGUGAGAAGCUAGUUAGUUUAUUUAUGCGUAACCAUUCUUUUGAUGUUUACCAAAUUGAGCUAUCUGCUCCAAGUCUUCGUACAUUUUCUUUUAUGGGUACUCCUUAUCAGAAGUUCCGUGGAAGUAGUCUUUCUUCUGUUGAACAAGUAAACAUUGAUGCGGAAAUGUUGGCAAAUUACUCGGAGCCUCCUUUGGUUCUACUCAGUUGGCUGUCUGAUUUUCCUAAUAUAAAAUCAUUGACGGUCUCUGCAAGUACGCUACAGGUUCUCUCCUUUGUUCUUAAUAUUUUAAUGGAUAAGCUAUUAUCAGGAUCCCUGAUGCGUAGCUUGAAGUCACUGAAAGUAAAGCUGAAACCACUUUCAUAUGGAUUAUCCAUGGCAUUGAAAAUUCUCAAGAUAGAAAAAGAAGUAAAAACAAGAUUCGAACCAUCUUCACUCAUACCUGAUGGAAUACUGGACCUUUUGCUCAAUAACUCGCCGUCGGCAGAUGUUAACAUCGUAGAAUGCUCGAGGAUUGACGACUCCUUCGACCAUCUAGCUCCGUUCUCAUCUUCGCUUUUUUUUCAAUUCCUUCAGCCUUCUUCUAAUGAGCGUGUUGAGGAUUUCCUGGAACGGCAGAUACAACACCUUAAGGGAGUGAAUCUGCAGAUACAAAAAUAUACUGAUCUAGUGACUAAUGAGGUGAUAAUUUGGGAGAGGGAGGAUUUAAUAACCCUCAAAGAGUAUCAGAUAAUGUUCUUAAAGAUCAGUGAUGUCAUAGAGCGACUGGUGCGUGAACUUGAAGCUCUUUGAUUAAACUCCGAAGUAAAAUCAACUGAAAAUCUUGAAAGAAACUAAAGAUUUAAGUGGCUUUUUUUCACAUAUUGGUUGUUGGGUUCUACAUGUUUCUUUUCUGGAAAUUUCAUAUGAUUUUGUUUCUUAUGAUCUAAGGAGCCCAAAAUUGUAUUUUCAUCUAAAGCUACCAAGUUACUGGAACUUAAUAUUUUGAUAGACCUAAUAUGAAUGACCAAACUUGAAUAUUCUCAA